AUGCCCGCGCCAACAGCCCUCCAGCGUGCUCCCGAGACGCUCGGUCUGGAACGACCGCAAGAUGUGCCCAUUUCAGCCUCCAACGAUGGCGACCUCGAAGACAUCGAAAUAGACACUUCAACACCCGCACAACUCACAUCAUUCGCCCCAUCAACACCCACACAACCCACAGACACCACAAUGCAAAUAGCAGACGAAGAAGGCAGACCACAAUACCCCGCCACCACCCCCACCAACACCGCAUCACCCACCACCACCGCUCUCAAAACACAAUCCCGCAAAGUCCCCGUCCCACCACACCGCAUGACACCCCUCAAGAACUCCUGGCCCAAAAUCUACCCACCCCUCGUGGAACACCUCAAACUCCAAGUCCGCAUGAACAUCAAAUCACGCGCCGUCGAGCUCCGCACAUCGCGCUACACUACCUCCCCGUCCGCCCUGCAGUCCGGCGAGGACUUCAUCCGCGCUUUCACGUUAGGUUUCGACGUCGACGACGCAAUCGCGCUGCUCCGGCUCGAUGACCUGUAUAUCGAGACAUUCGAGAUCAAGGACGUCAAGACGCUGCAAGGAGAGCACUUGUCGCGGGCGAUCGGGCGGAUAGCGGGCAAGGACGGGAAGACCAAGUUUGCGAUUGAGAAUACGACGAAGACGAGAGUGGUGCUGGCGGAUAGCAAGAUUCAUAUAUUGGGUGGCUUUCGGAACAUUAGGAUUGCGAGGGAGGCGGUGGUGAGUUUGAUAUUGGGUGCGCCGCCAGGGAAGGUUUAUGGGAAUUUGAGGAUUGUGGCAGGGCGAAUGAAAGAGCGGUUUUGA